GUCCAUGACCUCCAUAAACAAAAACAAAUGAGUGUAUCUUUUGACAUCUUUCAAAAAAGCAAUUAAGGCCUCAAUCGUCACGUAAAGCCGUAAUUUUAUGAUGAAAUUUUCGAAAAAUUUGUAUUUAUGAUGCCCGAUUUGCUAAAGCAAAGAUGGAAAACAAAAUAAAAGGAUGGAAAAGCAACCGUAACGUGUUAAAGUUGAUGCAAUGCCGGGAACUGAACAGCACCGCAGCAAAAGUCCUCAAACAGCGCACCCAAUUCAGCGCCAAUUUCAUCCAGAGGUUAGGACUCGAGGCGGAGCUUGAGGGGCACCAGGGCUGCGUCAACUGCCUGGAAUGGAGCCCCAACGGACUGCACCUGGCGUCCGGCUCCGACGACACCAACGUCAUCCUCUGGGACCCCUUCAGACACAAGCAAAUAAACGUGAUCCCGACCCCACACAUUGGCAAUAUCUUUUCCGUUAAAUUUUUAGCCGACGAAAAUGUCAUCGCGACGGCGGCCGGGGAUUGCCGAGUGGUGGUCCAGAGCGUGUCGGGGGCCCUCGACAAGAGCGCCCCCUUGCUGGACUGCGCGUGCCACAUCGGCCGGGUCAAACGCCUGGCCACGGCCCCCGACCAGCCUACUCUGUUCUGGUCAGCGGGCGAAGAUGGCCUAGUUGUGCAAUACGACUUGCGGGAACCCCACGAGUGUCCCACGCAAAGCAAGGUCUUAGUCGACCUAAGCUUCAAAUCGGAAAUCAAAUGCAUUGCUGUGAAUCCCACAAAAUCGCACUAUAUCGCAAUAGGCGCCAACGACUGCUUCGUGCGCUUGUAUGACAGGAGGAUGAUCAAAGUAUCAAUGGCGAAUUUGUCGUUUAAUCCGUCGAAGAGGACGUCCCCGCAGCCCCAAAACAGCGACUGUGUGCAAUACUACGCCCCCGGGCACCUGGCACGCGAAAAUGCCGGCAUUAUGAGCAUCAAACUAUCAGUCACUUAUAUCGCGUUCAAUUCCGCCGGUUCAGAAAUGUUGGUAAAUAUCGGGGGUGAACAGAUUUAUUUAUUUGAUGUAAAUAAUAGCCGACACAUUAACGAACUCAAAAUCCCCCAAAACUUACCUAAACGGCCCCAUCAACCCUACCGGAAUUGUUGCCAACCGAACGUACUGUUGGCUGAACUUAACGGGGUCAGCGCCGACUUGUUUGAGAAAAACACGGACUGUGCCUGCUUUUACAUGAGGCGGGCGCUACAGGCGUACCAACGCAAGUGGAUGGGCGAUUUGUAUGCGGCAGCACGUGAUUAUUUACACGUGAUUCAGCAUUGGCCGGACCAUAAACAGGCUUACAUUGGAUUAAUCAAAUGCCUAAUUGCCAUGAAGUGGGAAGACGAAGCCAACGCUUGGUUGAAACACUUUACAAAACUUUACCCCGAAUGUGAAACCUCCUCGCAGGUGAAAUUCCUCGUUGAGGAGUUGCAAGCGCUCAAAAACAGCGUCAAGUUUGAGGAGACGGGAGUGAAGAAGGUGGAAGAUGAUGAGAAAAAGUUACGUUUGGAUUCGUUCGAUUUUGAGAAGAUUUACAUAGGGCAUUGUAAUACCACGACUGAUAUCAAGGAGGCGAAUUUUUUAGGUGAUUGUGAUAAUUAUAUUUGUGCAGGAUCGGACGAAGGGAUCAUUUUUAUCUGGGAUAAGAAGAGUAUGAAUGUGGUUAGGGCUCUCUUUGGAGAUAACUCGAUAGUUAAUUGCAUUCAACCACACCCUAGUGCCUGUGUUAUAGCGUCCAGCGGGAUUGAUACGGCCGUUAAAAUAUGGUCGCCUCGGCCUGAGGACGGCAAAGUGAACAACCGAAUCGUCAAAUGCAUCUCCACUGUAGUCGAAACAAAUCAGCAUCGCAUGUCAAUGGACCCAUUCGAAUCAAUGUUGGCGAGCAUGGGUUACCAGAUCGAAGGAAGCGCUUUAGACGGAUCGUCCAUUCAAGAAGUACCAACGUGCCGAACUAGCUAAUUUUUUAACAAAACCAUUACAACCAGAUUUGUAACUGAAAGUUGCAAACGAAUAAAUCCACCUCUUGUUUACAAUUUAAUCGUAAACAACCGAAGGAAUCGCUCAUUUAUUUUGUACUUUCUAGAGGGUGCGUUUUUGUUGUUGAUUUUUAAAUGAUAUAUACACAAUACUGUAAAUAGUGUUUAUGUUAAUAAUUUUAAAGAUUUUUUAAUUAUCAUGUAAACUGUAAAAAUUAAACUGAUUUGGGGAAA